UGUUCCUUCCGAUUGUUAUCGAGCUUGCAGAUGCUUUUCUGUUCAUAAAAGAAAGAAAAACUUUAUUAAAGAAAAAAAAGUAAUAUCCACAUAGGGGUUCGACGAUAGCAGUAGUGUAUGUAGGUCUGUGAUAAACAGAAAACGAAGUUCAAAAAAUAUCUUAUGUAUGGUUGUGUUGAUAUCCUGCUGUUAGUUAACGUAAGCAAACAAAUUAUCCUUCAUCGAAUUAUUCAUCAAUUCCGAUUUGAAAAGAGCGCAUAAAAAAGCUUUCUGUAAGGUACAACCAACUUUUAUCGCCGCCAUGUUGGCCAACUUUGUAACCGUCGUUGUUAUCGUAUCAAUUUAUAGUGACAUUAGCGUGUUAUCGUUACUUAUCGAUGAAGGAAAAUGCGUAAAAUUGGAAGUUGAGUUAUGCAGUGAUAUAAACUACAACAUGACGUUAAUGCCAAACGUCAAAAUGAAUGUCGACAAAAUGGAUGAAGCGACACGACGUGUUAGUGAAUUUUCGCCGUUAUUUUCGGUGAAAUGUUAUGAAAACUUCAAGUUUUUUAUAUGUAACAUGUUUUUACCAAUUUGUCAUACUAUCGACAACACUCCGACGCCGGUAUAUCCCUGCCGACAUGUUUGUGAAGCGGCUCGAGAUGGAUGCGAACCUUUAAUGAAAAAAUAUCGUUUCGAAUGGCCAGAGGUGUUAAGAUGCGAUUUUUUAUCAAGUAUGGACGACAAUGCGUUGUGCGGAAGCCCACCCGACUCAAAACCAACCAAGCCAACAAAAAUAUCAAGGAAAACAACAAAAGCUUUAAGUUUAACAACAAAACCGACAUGGGUUCAGAUAAUUGAAAAAUUUCCGAAGGGAAUCGAUUGGCUGUCGUCGUUGAAAAAGACAAGUAAUUGGAAUGUAUUCGUGAAAGUGUUUGGCGGUAAAAAUCUAAAGUUUAGAACGAUAUGUAGUAUGGAUCCAGAGUCAGUGUACAUCAAGAAAGAUAAAAAAGAGUAUUGCGCACCAAAAUGUGAAAACCACGAGCCAUUCACGUCGGCUGACGUAAAAUUUGCCACAGUGUGGAUCUCAACAUGGGGCAUUAUUUGUUUUCUCUCGACAGCUCUUACUGUCACUACGUUUUUAAUCGAUCACAAACGAUUCAAAUAUCCCGAGAGACCGAUCAUAUUUUUAUCGUUUUGUUAUAACCUCUACUCGAUUGGUUAUUUAAUUCGUGCUUUUGGCGGGUACAAAAACAUUAUCUGUGAAAACUCUGAGAAUGGCAAGCACGUGGUCAUCGAAGGAAUGUCUGUUACAUCCUGUACGUUGGUGUUUUUCUUUCUUUAUUUUUUUGGGAUGGCGUCUGCGCUUUGGUGGGUAAUUUUAUCUCUGACAUGGUUUUUAUCGUCGGCUUUAAAGUGGGGUCAUGAAGCUAUUGAGAAAUAUUCGUCGCUUUUUCAUGCCAUAUCCUGGACGGUACCGACUAUUCAAACCAUUGUUGCCUUGGUAACCAGAAAAGUUGACGCCGACAAACUGUCUGGACUGUGUUACAUCGGCAACUCCAACAGUAAAGACUUACUACUUUUUGUCGCACUUCCUCUGCUGAUUUAUUUAUUGAUUGGAACUUUAUUUUUGUGCAUGGGAUUUGUGGCGUUGGUGAAAAUACGGAAAGAGCUUCGCAGGGAGAGAAAUACGAAUAAAUUCGAGCGGUUAGUGUUGCGUAUUGGAGUAUUUUCGGUCUUGUAUUCUGUGCCAGCUUCGGUUGUUGUUGGCUGUUUUCUACACGAGUAUAACCGCUUAAAAAAAAUGGAGGAGAAAACAGAAAAUAUAUUUGUGUGUUUAACCAACCGAAAUUGCACAGAUGAUAUCUUACCCAAACCUGAACUUUUCUUCCUGCGUUACUUUAUGUUACUGGUCGUAGGUGUGACUAGCGGAGUGUGGAUAUGGACUUCAAAAACUCUAAAUUCUUGGAGAAGAUUUUACGCGAAAAAAACGGGACGCGAUGAUCCAGAAGAAAGAAAGAAACUCUACAAGCAGCAGUCGCAUCAACAACAACGCCAAAAUCGCCGGUCGUCAAGUGAUGGUAUCAAUCCACCGUCUGGGGUACCGUCAACAGCAGUCACGACGCUUCACGGUAGCAGUAACCACAUGAAUCAACAACAGCAUGUGUAUAUGCCACCUCCAACCAGAUUUUUCUUUCCAACACAACAAACAUCAACCGGCUUCAUGCAGGCGCACAAUGUACCUAUUUCACACGCUAAAAUUGACAGUGUAUCUAGGGGUUAUACAGUUACUCCCAUCUCGAACUUUGAUUCAGAUGUGAACAGCCAAUACGAUCCCACCAAUCAUAAUUAUAUACCAGCUUACAAUACGCGGGAUGAAAUUUCAAACCCUCCACCCUCAAAAAAUUAUUCAAGGAGUUCAUCUGACCAGCGCUCUGUUUCGCAGCAUUCAUCACAAUAUAACAACGGGACAUUGCCAAGGAGUAGUCAUGGCAACCAGCCAGGUUCUCCAAAAAGUAUUUCAACUCGUUCGCAUCGCUCAAAUGAUGAUCAAAGGCUAUAGCCUAAAAUAACCUGUUUUAUACGUUAAUUUUUUAUUAGAUUUUUAAAAUCCCGUCCUAUAGAUAGCAGUGCUAUAGUGCUAUUUUCAUGUUGUUGAACACCUUAAGUAUUUUCUUUUUAAUAACUGGCUAAGAACUCGUACUUGAGCUUAAAAUGAACAUAUUUUGUUUUGUUUUUGUCCGCAACCAAUUGAAAGUUUGUCGUCAAAAAUUAAUUUUGUGUUACGUUAUGCGCAAGUUAAAAGUUUUACUGUUUUUGGAAACUUACUGUGAUUCAGCUCAUCCUUCAUAUUUCCCACCACUUGAAGCUUAAAUGAAUAUCAAAAGUGUUGAAGAGGAGGUUCGAUUUUGUGUUUCAACUGAAAAAAAGUAUUGUAACACUGUUUUCUGCUUCACAGUUUUAAACAUGGCGAAAGGUGUCACAUCCUGAUUGCAUCUGAUGUUCAAAGUAUUGUUUUUGUGUUUCUCUUUUUGUUAUUUAUAAUUAGUAAGAUAUAUUUUAACAUGUGUGAAUAAAGUUUUUUAGAAAAA